CUCCCAAGAUCUCUCCAAAUUUGAUCUAUCUUUCAGUCACCGAUCGUUCUCGCUGGAACUCGCAUCAUGACCGUAGACGAACCGCAGAUUGUGGCCAUCAGUGUCAGCCACAAGCCACAAGUGGGAUACCUGAAGGAGGAGCCCACCUGGAUCCGUUGUCCUUCGUGUGAGAAGUCUGGAACCAGUUUGGUGCAACUGGAGUUGGUCACUUGCCUGCAGAGAUUUCUGGGAUUCACAAAACUUUGUAAAAAAUGGUCUGGCCGCCAGGACAUCAAUCACUAUUGUUCACACUGCGGUUGCUUCAUUGGAAGAUUUGUGCCUAUCAGCUGCAUGGAACGUUGCAUUUCGAGAUCAGCACGUAAACAGGCGGCCGUGGAUGAUAUGACCCUGAAGACACGACCCAAGGAUUGCGCUGAAAGGGCCCAGAAAUCCAUGGAGAAAGUUCUGGCCAGCAGGGAGAAGAAGAGAGCAGAGAAAGCAGCCAAGGAUCUGGACAAAUCUCAAACGCAAAUAGCAGUACACCAAUAAAAAAAAAUAAUUAUUUACAUACUUUUCAACAAAUCUAGUACAUAUACCCUUUUAUUCUUCGAGUAACGGGAAUACAUUUAAUACUCUCAAAUUGUUUUGUGCCUAUUGAAAAUGGUUAGAUCAUAAUAAUUCACUUGUACAUGAAUCUCUUAGCUCAAUAAAUUGAUUAUCUACAGACAACUUUCCUUGGUAAAAACAAA